GACUUUGUUUGGCAAUAGCAAUGGCAAAGUCGAUCUCUUACAGUGUUUUAGUACUUUGGAUGCUCUUGUGUUUUGGUGUGAUUGAAGCAGCUCCUGAAGCUGCUCUGAUUACAAGCCUUCCAGGGUUUAAUGGCAAUUUCCUUUCAAAGCACUACUCAGGGUUUGUCACCAUAGGUGGGAAUCCAGAACCAAAGAAUCUAUUCUACUACUUCGUUGCGUCCGAAAGAAGCCCAUCAAGUGAUCCUGUUGUUUUGUGGCUCAAUGGAGGACCAGGGUGCUCUAGCUUUGAUGGAUUUGUUUAUGAACAUGGACCAUUCAAUUUUGAAGCUGGAAAAUCUAAAGGAAGCCUGCCCAGUUUACAUCUAAAUCCAUAUAGUUGGUCUAAGGUUUCCAACAUCAUCUAUUUGGACUCCCCUGCUGGUGUUGGCUUUUCUUACUCUCCAAACACCACCGCAUACAGAACUGGGGACAUACAAACAGCCAAAGACACACACGCUUUUCUCCUCAAGUGGUUUGAACAAUAUCCGGAGUUCCUUUCCAAUCCAUUUUACAUCUCCGGAGAGUCUUAUGCCGGAGUUUAUGUGCCAACUCUUGCUUCAAAUGUAGCAGAAGGAAUCAAAAGUGGUGUGAAUCCCCUUAUUAAUUUCAAGGGUUACAUGGUAGGAAAUGGGGUCACUGACGAAGUAUUUGAUGGCAAUGCUCUCGUCCCAUUUGCACAUGGAAUGAGCCUAAUCUCAGAUGCUAUGUUUGAGGAGGCUGAAGUGGCUUGCAAAGGUAACUACUAUGAGGACAACAGUACGAGGUGUGCAAAUAUAAUGGAAAAAAUCUACAAUGCUUUGGCUGGUCUAAACAUAUAUGACAUCCUUGAGCCAUGCUACCAUGUAAAUGGAAGCAGAAGCAGCUUACCAACAAGCUUUAAGGAAUUAGGAAAUAAUAGUGAGAAGCCUGAUGGAGUGAGAAAAAGGAUGUUUGGUCGUGCAUGGCCUUUCAGAGCACCUGUCAAAUUUGGCCUUAUGAAAUCCUGGCCUCAGUUAAUGGCAGAGGACCUCAGUGGUGUUCCUUGUGUGGAUGAUACAAUAGCAACAGUGUGGCUGAACAAUGAUGAAGUUAGAAAAGCAAUUCAUGCAAGUCCAGAAAGUGGAGCUUGGAGCAUAUGUAACUCUCUAUAUUACUAUGGUGAUGCUGGAAGCAUGAUUAACUUCCACAAAAACCUAACCAUGCAGGGUUAUCGUGCACUUAUAUUCAGUGGAGAUCAUGAUAUGUGUGUUCCACAUACUGGGAGUGAAGCAUGGACCAGAUCACUUGGAUAUCAGAUUGUGGAUGAAUGGAGGUCUUGGGUGUCCAAUGAUCAAAUUGCUGGGUACACACAAGGAUAUGCUAACAACCUUAUUUAUCUCACCAUCAAGGGCGCAGGACACACUGUACCUGAAUACAAGCCAAGAGAGUCAUUGGACUUCUACAGCCGCUGGUUGGAAGGAAAAGCAAUAUGAUACACAACAUUUAUGACCCCACCUCUAAUAAGAUUGAUUAUUUGACCAUUCCAUUUAGUCCCUGUUCAAGAUGUAAAUUAUUUUUAAUUUACACAAGAAAAUGAAUAAUAUAUAAAUGUUUCAAAUACACCAGAAAAGGCAACAAUGAAAAGAUC